ACCAGAAGCACGCUCACCAUCCUUCCUCAGAUCCGGUCGGGAGCGCGCGUGCAGAGGGGAGGACGCGCAUGUCCCUGCACACAGGCGGCAGCAGGCAGCACAACUGGAAUCCUGGUAUAGGGAGUACAGUGUGAUAGAUCCAGGGGCGCCCGGGAGAGUGCAUUAGGGUUACCGCCAGUCGUUGUACAGCUCGCUCGCUUCCUGCACGCAGCAUGGAGAGAGAUGGUGCGGAUCUGGGCAUCGGCCACGGCUCCAUGUCCCGGUUCCUGGACGGAGACUUCUGGGGAAUGAAGAAUGAGCUGCGGAGGCAGAUCGCCGGGAGCCCACUCUUCCAGCAGAGAUAUGACCUGAAUCUGGAUGAGAUUCGGGACCUGACAUUCGAAAGAGUGAAAUUUGCCAUGAGCUUACCGCAAGUUCAACGAGCAUUUCAGGAGAUGAUAGAUAAAAAGAAAAACUUUGUCAACAAAAGUCUGAUUAUGGGGGAAGUUCUAUGUACAGCUGAUAUGACAACUGGAGUGAAGUGUGGAGUCAUGUGCUGGUUGUUUGGAGGAGCGGUUAUGAAUCUUGGAAGUCCGGAACAUAUUCAGAAAUGGUUUGUUCCAUUAAAGAACCAAGAGUUCACAGGGAUGUUUGCAAUGACGGAAAGAGGUCACGGCAGCAAUGUUAGAGGGAUUCUCACAGAAGCUGUGUUUGACCCAGUGUCGCAGGAGUUCAUCAUCAACACCCCUUGUGAAAAUGCAGAGAAGAUGUAUAUUGGUAAUGCAAUGAAAGGAAAUUAUGCUGCGUUAUUUGCACAACUCAUCAUAAAUGGAAAGUCUCAAGGUCCGCAUUGUUUCAUUGUCCCUAUACGUGACCGAAAUGGAAAUACUUAUCCAGGAGUAGGAGCAGUGGAUAUGAUGUAUAAAGAAGGUCUUCAUGGUGUAGACAAUGGGAUUCUGUCAUUCAGUCAAGUUCGGAUCCCAAGGGAAAACCUGCUGGACAAGUUUGGCUCCGUUUCUCCUGAUGGAAAAUACAGUUCACCCAUUGAAAACAAGAGUGCCAGGUUUAAUGCAAUGCUUGCAGCCCUUACGCCAACAAGACUAGCACUGACAUUUCAGGCUCUAGGUGCGAUGAAGCUUGGAUUGACCAUUGCCAUUCUGUAUAGUCACAGUCGAAGACAAUUUGGCCCAAAAGACAAAGAAGAAGUGAAGAUAAUUGAUCACCAAACCCAGCAUCUCCGAUUGAUGCCACAUUUAGCAACAGCUCUGGCAGUGACCUUUACCAGCAGGUAUGCAGGAGAAAUGCUUGAUGAGGAUGUUUAUCAUAACAGAGACCUGGUAAACAAUCGUCCUUUACAAGCCCUUGUAGCAGGUCUUAAGGCGUACAGCACAUGGGAGAAUGUAUCCUGUCUGCAGGAUUGCCGGGAAUGUACCGGAGGAAUGGGUUUUAUGAUGGAAAACCGAAUUCCUGGCUUGAAAUGUGACUCUGAUGUCUUUGUCACAUUUGAAGGUGACAAUGUUGUUAUGCUACAGGUUGUGGUACGGGAACUCCUUGCACAGUACACCAGACAAUAUGAAGAAAGCCCAGUCUUUGGUCUUCUUAGAAACUGGACCAGCUCUAUUGGCGACAGGCUAAGAACAAGCUUUUUGGCAAUCAGUACAGAUAAAAUCGCCAACCUUACAUUCUUCCUGAAAGCCGUCAAUUUCCGAGAGAGGGUACUCCAGCGUGGGUUGGCUGCCAGACUUUACCACAAGGUAAUGACGCAGAAGGAGGAGCACUUUUCUGCCUGGAACUCCUGUUUACAUCAUGUUGUCGCUCUGGCUUUAGCACAUAUCCAUAGAGUGACCUUGGAGCAGUUUGCAUUGGCUGUGGAGUCUUGUCCUGUGCCAGAGGAUCAGAGUUUGCUAAUGGAGUUCUGCCUGCUGUAUGGAACCAAGCUAGUUUACAAUGAGAGAGCCUGGUAUCUGGAGCAUAAAUACCUGACAGCGGACACCAGUAAUCAGAUAAGAAACCAGUUACUGGAGCUGUGCAGGUUGGUGAAAGACGAUGCCCUCAAGGUUGUUUCAGCUUUUAACAUCCCCCAUAACACCAUCCAAGCCCCCAUUGCUGGCAUUCCCAACCCAAGGGCCCAAUGGGCUUAUUACCCCAAGCCACAACGAGCAGGAGAAAGCCAAGUGCCAAGGAAAGCCAGUGCCAAGCUAUAAACUUGUCCUUGUGGAUGUUGUCACAUUGCGGCUCUCGGGAAAAAAGAAGAAGAAACAAAUGACGAAAAGUGACUCACAGAAAGUGUCACGCUUUCUUCUUCUCUAAUGCAGGAAAUCAUCCAAUUACCUUUAUAAUAAACAGAUGAUCUUCGUCUUGAUUGUGAAUAAGCACAGAUAACAAUGUAAUUGGGGAACUGUGAGAGUGGGACUUUUGUCAUUUCAAAUAAAAUAUCUGGAUUCUUUUUCUUGAUAACCAGAAAUGUAAAACUAUACAAAUACUGAUGGACAUAAUUGUUUGUGAUUUAGAUUGUAACUACAAGGAAGUUCAUUGUAACAGAUGCAAUCCACAAAUAUACAAUCAGGAUGCAAUGCAGGAGUCACUUUGUAGUUUGAAUAAUGGAGCAGCGAUCAUUUAAGAUAAAGAGAGGGCUUGUUGCAAGAAUUUUCUCUGACAAUGCAGAAGGAUGUGGGAUCUGGUCUGCUGUGUCCAGCACUGAUCGGCAGGAGCGGGACACUGCAGCCAUAGAAUAUCAAGGACGUGGCCGGGGAGGAUUUUUAUACUCACACAAUGUACCUGCUACACAGGGAUGAAAAUAUUUGUUAGUUCAACACGAAUAAAGUCUAAAUGCAUUUGAACCAAUAAACCAAUGUAUUACAGUC